UACCGUGGAUCAUACCCAUCUUAGACACCUUCAACUGAGUUUGGUUUUUAUUCGACAAACAGUGUACAAACUUCCAACUGCAACGAUGAAGACAUUUGCCGUAAUUGUAACCGUAGCAGUGCUGGCCAGUGCCGUGAUGGCAGUCAGUGAGCAUGUGAACAUUGAGGAACCUCUCAGUCGUCCUGGUGGUGGAGGCGGCGGUGGUGGUGGUAGUGGCGGAAACCGACCGGGCGGUGGUGGCGGUGGAAGUAGUGGCGGAGGCAGUCGUCCACCUCCACCAGUAGCCCCUACGCCGGACAGUGGAAACUCGAGUGAAGACGACAGCAGCGACUCCAAGGAAGAUGCCUACGUAAACCCCUGCAAAGGCUUGCUGAUCGGUAUUUUGGAGCAUCCGAGCAGUUGCUACAAGUACAUCAGCUGCUACAAGGAGGUGGCCACCGAGGAAACCUGCCCGCCCGAUACGAUCUUCGAUCUGGACGAGAUUACCUGCGUGCCGGGAAAUCAGCGCACCUGUCGGAAGGAGGGUGACCCUUACCCGCUCCCUACCGACAUGUGCCGGGGCAUAGUGCUGGGAACGAUGGUCCACCCGGAGGACUGCAACAAGUACGUCAGCUGUCUGCUCGGACAGGCCCGCGAACGUUCCUGCCGGCCCGGGUUCGUGUUCUCCGAGCGGCUGUUCGUGUGUCUGCCGGGCGAUCUGAACUCCUGCACGGUGACGCUGCUGCCGACGACGUCCACCAUCGCGCCGGAAGACAUUCGCCCGCUGCCGAGCGAUAUCUGCCGCCGGAACAGUGUGGCGUUCGGUGUGCUGCCGCAUCCGCAGUUCUGCACCAAGUACGUCACCUGCACGCUGUGGAUCCCGGCGGAGCGCGACUGUGACCGGUUCAAGGUGUUCAGUGAGCGGUUCUCCAUGUGCAUGAUCGGUGAUGUGAAUCGCUGCCGUCCGAUUCUGGGACGGGAAGCAGAGCUGGAGAUGCAAUAGAGUGGAGCGGAAUGAAAGACUCUUAGCUACCUGUUUAGAAUGUAAUAAAUAUUGUUUCUGCUUAUUUUUGUACAUCAUUA